CGGGGGUAAUUAGGAUGUGAGCUUUUUUAUGUUUCGUGCUUGCUCCGGCCGAUCGCAGCGCGAUCAUCCUCGCCAGCUCCAACGUUUCUGAUGAAGAAAUGAUUCGAGUCUUUCCGUUUUGCGUGAUAUAUGGUGUUUGGGCAUCUUGAAUUUAGUUUAUCGCGGUGUGCAGCCGGUGAAAUCCUGCAACUUUUUGACGGUUUCGUUCGAUUUUCAUUUGUUUCUAAUUUUGGGUUGUUCGAGAAAAUCCAUUAUGAUUGAAGUAGAUAGCGGGCCGGUUACCGCUGGAUUCUCGUGAGUUGUUGGAGUGGGUUAGUUCUAGGGAAAUUUUGCAUGGAUUAACUCUAACUAGUAUAAUAAACAUAAUAUAUGAUGGAAAUUCUCUGUUCACUGCUCAGCGUGUCUGAAGUUCGAUUGGUCCUAUUAAUCGCAUUUGUUGAGUACAUUUCAGUAGAAAUCCAGUUUUAUCAACCAUUGUCCUUUGUAUGAUUUGCCUCAUUGUAAGCAUACACGGCCAUUUGAGGUUGUAUCAUCAUUGAAUAUGCCGGCAGCAAGUGCUGACACGUCUGAUCGAGAUGCAGAACCUUUCGUGGAGGUUGAUCCAACAGGGCGAUUUGGGAGGUACGGCGAUCUCCUUGGACAUGGUGCGGUGAAAAAGGUCUACAGAGCAUUUGAUCAGGAAGAAGGAAUAGAGGUGGCUUGGAAUCAGGUCCGUUUGGCUAAUUUCAGCGACGAUCCGGUGCUGAUCAAUCGUCUUUACUCGGAGGUUCAGUUGCUGAGCACAUUGAAGAAUAAAUACAUUAUUGUCUGCCACAGUGUGUGGAGGAAUGAUGAAAACAAUACUCUGAACUUCAUUACGGAAGUAUGCAAUUCAGGGAACUUGAGGAAUUACAGGAGGAAACACCGUCAGGUGUCUAUCAAGGCACUGAAAAAAUGGUCAAAGCAAAUACUCGAGGGACUGGAUUAUCUGCAUACACAUGACCCCUGCAUCAUUCACAGAGAUUUGAAUUGCAGCAAUAUCUUUAUGAAUGGGAACAUUGGCCAGGUAAAAAUUGGUGAUCUGGGGUUGGCAGCUGUUGUGGGUAAGAGCCAUACAGCACAUUCUUUGAUUGGGACUCCAGAGUAUAUGGCACCCGAGCUGUAUGAGGAGGACUACACAGAGACGGUGGAUAUUUACUCCUUUGGAAUGUGUUUGCUGGAGAUGGUGACCAUGGAGAUACCCUACAGUGAAUGUGACAGUAUUGCCAAAAUAUACAAGAAGGUGACGGGUGGCAUAUGGCCUCGAGCUAUGAAUGAAGUGACAAACCCAGAAGCGAAGGCUUUUAUCGAGAAGUGCAUAGCUCAACCAAGGGCACGACCAUCGGCCUCCGACCUUCUCAAGGACCCCUUCUUUUCUGAUGUCUCUGGCGAUGAAACUGACCUAACUGGUUGAUGGUUCCGUGAGCGUAUAAUUUGGCCGAGUUAUUAACUAAUUCUUCCUGCCUAAGUAACCUGUCAUUGACUAUGGUCAAUCCCUGUUCAUACCUCUUGAAUUUUUUCUCAGUCAUGCUCUUCAAGUACAUAAGUAGUGGAUAGAAGAAGUAGGAGAGGUGUAACGAAUAAAAAGGAAGAAAAGGAGAAAGAAUUGCAGAUCUGUCAAUCCUUGAAUUUCUCCGGAUCUACUAGUGCGUUCUAUCUUGUUAUCCCUUCUAGCUGAUUCAUAAUGCCUACUUCGUUAGAAUUAGUACGGUGCACUGAUAUGGUGUUGCUAUGUCGUGCGGAUUCUGAAGAACAUCAAAUAUCAAGGGAAUUUUUGGUUUAUUCCGAGGAAA